UGAAAUGGAACCGAUUCCAAGAGGGACUUGUGUGGAGGAGGGAAAGUGGCACGAAGUUCUCUCACCGCUUUAUGAGCCCCUAGCAGAUAUGAGCUACAUGGGCAAUGCUGGCCCCAAACCUCCUACCACACCCAUCGACCCAACCAAACAGCUCGACUGCCAGCUCGGGUUCACAGGACCACAGUAUUCUUGGUCAUUUGACAAUUUUAUCCGUGGAGACAAUGUGAUGAACAUGUGCUACAGACCCCUGCUGGAUCAGGGCCACAUGCAGCCAGCUCAGCUGAACAUUGUGCCAGACGGUGAUGCCACCAACCACUUGCGCAUGCAUUAUGAUAAUGAAGGGCUACUUUUUCAACAGUAUGUGAACUAUCAGCAGCUUUCUUAUGAGUGGCCUGCCACUGACCGGAAUGCUCCUACUACUCCUACCUCUCAGUUCCAUGAAGAACCCAUGAUGAUUCUGCCAGAAAGUGAAACAUUGCCUCCCGCAGAGAUGCUGAGCAAUGCAGAUUCUGUCUCCCCUACGAGAAAGGUCUCGACAUUCAGAAAAAGGAAACGCGAAGGCAGAGAUGAUGAAGAGGUGUACAUAAAAAAGCCACCUAACGCCUUCAUGAUAUUCCGGAAGGAGCAGAGGGAGAAUGUCAUGGCACAGUUGAACAUCCGCGACAGUGCUAUGGCCAAUAAAGCACUGGGUCGCAUGUGGAAAUCCCUAUCAGAGAAAGAGCAGGAAAAGUAUUACGAGCUCGCUGACGCUGAAAAACGUCUCCACACCCAACUACACCCCAACUGGUCCUGCACAGAUAAUUACGGCCGAAAGAGGAGAAAGCAGAGAGGCGACUGAGUCCCCAGAGCAACCUUCUAACCAAACUGCUGAAGCUCGUACUGUUACGUAACUUUCAGUGUUAUUUUUUUUUUUUAGCUUGUGAAGAGAUCUUUACCAUCUGCUAAGUGGUAAUUACAAGUGCAUCCUGUUCAUGUGCUUUCGUUGUCUUCCAAAUUAAACUUGGCAGACACGUACUUCAUUUUUGUUUGUUGCGUGGGCAAAACCGUUUGACUCACUUGUUCAUCGCCUCUGUGAAGUUGGCCCCCUAUCAGAUGCAAAUUUAUAGAAAAAAUUUGUCAUUCGUUUGUGCCGCUAUGUUUUUUAGAUAUUAACACUUCUUUUAUAGAGCAAUCGGAGGUCAACCAGCCCCCCAUUUUGAUUAAAAAUGGCUAAAAAUAGUAAUAUACAGUGGGGAGGACAAGUAUUUGAUACACUGCCGAUUUUGCUGGUUUUCCCACUUACAAAGCAUGUAGAGGUCUGUAAUUUGUAUCAUAAGUUCUCUUCAACUGUGAGGGGCGAAAUGUAAUACAAAAAAACAGAAAAUCACGUUGUAUGAUUUUUAAAUAAUACAUUUGCAUUUAAUUGCAUGAAAUAAGUAUUUGAUACAACACAAAAAUCGAACAUAAUAUUUGGUACAGAAACCUUUGUUUGCUAUUACAGAUACCAAACAUUUCCUGUAGUCCUUGACAAGGUUUGCACACACUGCAGCAGGGAUUUUGUCCCACUCCUCCAUGCAGAUCUUCUCCAGAGCCUUCAGGUUUCGGGGCUGCUGCCGGGCAACACGGACUUUCAGCUCCCUCCAUAGAUUUUCUAUCGGGUUCAGAUCUGGUGACUGGCUAGGCCACUCCAGGACCUUAAGAUGCUUCUUACGGAGCCACUCUUUAGUUGCCUUGGCCCAGCCACGACCCAUCUUUAGGGCUCUCACUGUAGGAAGGAGGUUGUCAGCCAAGAUCUGGCAAUACAUAGCCCCAUCCAUCCUCCCCUCAAUACGGUGCAGUCGUCCUGUACUCUUGGCAGAGAAGCAGCCCCCAAAAAUGAUGUUUCCUCCUCCAUGUUUCACGGUUGGGAUGGUGUUCUUGGGGUUGUACUCAUCCUUCUUUUUUUCCAAACACGACGAGCCGAGUUUAGACCAAAAAGUUUUGGUCUCAUCCGACCACAUGACCUUCUCCCAUUGUUCCUCUGGAUCAUCCAGAUGGUCAGUGGCAAACUUCAGACGUGUCUGGACAUGCACUGGCUUCAGCAGCGGGACCUUGCGUGGGCUGUAGGAUUUUAAUCCAUGACGGUGUAAUGUGUUUCCGAUGGUUUUCUUCGAGACUGUGGUUCCAGCUCUCUUCAGGUCAUUGACCAGGUCCUGCCGUGUAGUUCUGGGCUGAUCCCUCACCUUCCUCAUGAUCAGUGAUGCCCCACGAGGUGAGAUCUUGCAUGGAGCCCCAGAACGAGGCAGAUUGACUGUCAACUUGAACUUAUUCCAUUUUCUAAUAAUCGCUCCAACGGUGCCUUCUCACCAAGCUGCUUGCUUAUUUUCCUGUAGCCCAUCCCAGCCUUGUGCAGGUCUAUUAUUGUAUCCCUGAUGUCCUUACACAGCUCUUUGGUCUUGGCCAUUGUGGAGAGGUUGGAGUUUGUUUCUUUGAGCAUGUGAACAGGUGUCUUUUAUACAGGUAACAAGUUCAAACAGGUGCAGUUACUUUCGGUAAUGAGUGGAGAACAGGAGGGGUUCUUAAAAAAGAACUAAGAGCCGAAAUAUUUACUAGUUGGUAAUGUAUCAAAUACUUAUUUCAUGCAGUUAAAUACAAAUGUAUUAUUUAAAAAUUAUACAAUGUGAUUUUCUGGAUUUUUGUAUUAGAUUCCGUCCCACACAGUUGAAGAGAACUUAUUAUACAAAUUACAGACCUCUACAUGGCUUGCAAGU